UGUUGCUGCAUCCUAUCGUUGACUGGUGCGGCUGAUGAGCUAAAAAGCUUUCGUUAUGGCUUUUCUGUGUUAGCCAGUUAGCUAACAGCACGUCAGUGUAAGUGAACGGGUUAGCUGGCCUUGAAGAUGUUCUUUAUGUCUCUGAUGGUCAGAGAUCGUUGUAGAGGGGACAAACGCUGGCUACGGCCCUACUGCAUUUAACACUCAGUAAUGUCCUGUGCUUUAACUCAGCGACACUAGGCAUAUGAAGCGAACAGGUCAACAACACAGACAGCUGCAUGGCUGUGAUCUGCUGUGUGCAGCGUGGACUAAUCAGCUGAAAACAGAACAAGUUUGUAGUGUUGGCAAACUAAGAGGCGUUGCCUGCCCUGCCCAGUCCCUUCCUGGCUGUCCCCACUUCACAGUAAUCAUGUGAGCCGGACACCGGUUAGCGUCCCGUCUGUGUCUGAUACUUCAGUCGGUUCGUGCCGCAGGCUGUUCUCUGUCAUCCUACCAGUCAGCUCCACGUCGGCUGGCGGAGGGAGGAGGGGAUUCACCAAGACUUUCAGCUGGUACAGUUUGUGAGAGGAGCAACAGUUUCUUCCUCCCAGCUCACAAUCGGCUCCCCUUGUCAGCUUAAAGCACUACAAGACUGAAAAGGAGGCACGACUUCAGGCUUUUUCAUCAGUCCCUGUGAUCAGGCCGACCACCGUGGUGUCGUCAGUGAACUUCGUUCAAGGGGUGAAUGGGGGCACAGUCAUACAUGUAGAGGGCAUACAGGAGGGGGCUCAGCAAACACCCCUGGGAGGAGCCGGUGCUGAGUGUCAGGGUGGAGGAGCAGAGCUGACCGACCUUAACAGCUUGUGGUCAGUUGGUCAGGAAGUUUGUGAUCCAGGAGCAGAUGGGGGAUGAUGAUGGUGAAAGGAUAACAUUCAACGAGUCGCAUUCCCUCCACCCAAAGUGACCCCAUCUUCCCCUUUUGUCCACAUUCAUCUGCAGUCCUUUUUGUGAGCUGCAAGCUCGCUGACCUGACCUUAUGGGAUUUCAUAAAAUACAUGUGUUCCACAGUAACAUCAUGUAAAUUCUAUUUAAAUUGGACAGUCCUCCACCUGGCACCCUCCUGACCAAAGGACAGAAUGAAAUAAGUACAAUGUGAUGAGAUAUUAACUCCCUGCCCAUCCAAAAUUGUCACCUUGGUCUUUAGGAUUCUUACCGUGUUCUAUCUCUUGUUCCUUUCCAACCCCACCACCUUUCUAGUGUUAUUGUGGGCCAUGGUUCGCAAGAAAGGCUCUCUUAUACUAUGCGGUGCUUUCCUGUUUGUUGCUUGGAAUGCUUUGCUUCUACUUUAUCUUUGGGGUCGCCCUCCCGUGGGUCACCUAGGAGAAGGCGGUGGAGCUGAACCAGGAGGAAAGGAGGAGUGGGGCAUGGUCAGAGGUAAAGGAGGUCGAGUCAACCUUGCUGGAGAGGUAAUCCGGCUGGCAGAGGAGGUUGAAGUUCAACUUGAGACCCAGAAAAAGCUGCUAAAGCAAAUUGAAAGUCACAGGGCGUUAUGGGCUCGGCAGAAAGAGAUUGGGAAAAAGCAAACUGAUGAUAUCAAAGAAGUAAAACAGGUUGUUCACCAGCAGCAGGAAAAUCCAGUUCCUCUCAAAAACAAUGUGUAUUUCGGGGAACAAGAUGAAACAAAACCUACACAGAGGCCUGUUCAUACUGUAGCUGUGGGCUCAAACUUAAAACAGCAACAGUCCACUGAAAUAAGGGAAGAGGUUGUUGAGAACACUAAAGUAACAACUCUUGUUUCUGGCCCACAAGUCAUCAUUCCCAUUCUUGUUAUUGCUUGUGACAGAGUGACGGUAAAACGGAGCCUUGACAAACUGAUACAGUACCGCCCUUCACCAGAGCUAUAUCCAAUCAUUGUCAGCCAAGACUGUGGCCAUGCUGAGACAGCUCGUGUGAUUGGCUCAUAUGGAGAGCAAGUAACACACAUAAGCCAACCGGACUUGUCGGACAUCAGAGUCCGGCCAGAGCACAGGAAGUUCCAGGGGUACUACAAAAUCGCCCGACAUUACCGCUGGGCACUCAACCAAGUAUUCCACACGUUCUCGCAAUCUACUGUGGUCAUAGUGGAGGAUGACUUGGAGGUUGCGCCAGACUUCUUUGAGUAUUUCCGAGCCCUGUACCCGAUCUUGCGCUCUGACCCCACCCUGUGGUGUGUUUCGGCCUGGAAUGAUAAUGGCAGAGAUGCCUUGGUGGAUUCAUCCAAAGCUGAGGUCCUCUACAGAACGGACUUCUUCCCGGGUCUGGGCUGGAUGCUGCUGAAAGAGAUGUGGGAUGAAUUGGAGCCCAAAUGGCCCUCAGCCUUCUGGGAUGACUGGAUGCGUCAACCAGAGCAGCGCAAGGGCCGCUCCUGCAUUCGACCAGAAAUCUCUCGGACUAUCACCUUUGGCCGGAAAGGUGUCAGUUUAGGUCAAUUCUUUGACCAGUAUCUUCGCUAUAUUAAGCUAAACACUGAAUUUGUGCCUUUUACCAAACUGGAUUUGUCUUAUUUGCUAAAAGAGAAGUAUGAAGAAAAGUUUAUCAAAGAGGUUUAUGGUGCCCCACUGGUAAAGAUUGAGGACCUGCAACAAGGGGGCAAUUUAAGAGGACCUGGACCAUACAGGGUGCAGUACUCCAGCAGAGACAGUUUUAAAGUCUUUGCUAGAAAUCUAGGAGUAAUGGAUGACUUAAAAUCUGGAGUUCCUCGUACAGGUUAUAGAGGUGUGGUCAGCUUCCUGUACAGAGGCCGAAGGGUGUUCUUAGCUCCACCAGAGGGCUGGACGCAGUACGAUAUCAGCUGGAGCUGAGAGAUCGACCCAGACACAGAACCUGAAUGGUGUUGAAGAGGGGACAGAGCCUUAAUCAGAGGAACACCCUCUCAGACCAAAGAAUAUGGCGAAUAUGGUGGUUCGAAGUUAAAACAGCACACUCGGAGCUGGAAGGCCUGUUUGUUUGCAAAGCUUCUAAAACUGAACGCUCAUUCAGGAUCAGCAUGGGUCGGCCACACAGACUUCACAAAGAGUUCGGCUGAAGUCAGUUCCAUCCUUAAACAGCUACUGGCAGCGUGCCUUGCUUUCUGGGCUAAUUUUGUUUGGUGUAUUUUCUGUUCCUGUGAUGAACUGGCCAAAUAUAGACAUGACAUCAUUUUCAGAUGUUUGCAGCAGCAGCUGGUAAUCAUGCUAUUAUCCACAGUAUCAGUGAUAAUGCACUUCAGUGGAGCCUGACAGAUAUUGGAUGCAGUGGAGUUUUGCAGAUAAUACCAAUGCUGAAUUUAAGGGAGAGUCUUCAUAGUUUUGUUUAGUGUGCUACAUGCGUUGCAGAAAGAGUCAGUGCCACCCUGCUAGAUAACCUGUGAUAAGUUUUUAAUCACCCCAAACAUCUUUGCAUUUUGCAAAGAUGUUUGGGGUGCAAGAUCAUAUUGCACAUAUUGGACAAAAAGUAAGCAGAUGCCAUGAUAUUCCAGAAUCAGUCAGGUUCUACACUGAAUGCCAAACACAAGCACACCUGUCAAACUUGGGAGAACGAAGUGUUCUGUAUAAAAUCUUCUUAUCCACCUCUUAGCUCCCUGCUACUGUCAGUCUGUAACAAUAAUCAAAAGUUGUGUGCACAAGAUAAUGGCGUGCUUCUACAAGGUAUUACACAUAGAUUGUAUAUAAAAGAUGGCCAUAACUACCAUGACAGCAUUGAUUAGUUGAGUCCCAUCUUGUAGCCUCAAGCUAAGCAUUUUGACCAUCUGUGUUAUUAUUUUUUUUAAAUCGGACAUAAGUGAGGGGUGGAUCUGACCGAGCAGCAUUUCCUUCUACAUUCACUACUGAGGAGGCAAACACAAGCAGAAACUAUAGCGUGACCAUAACGUAAAUAUAAUUGCGCUUGGGGUCCUGCUGGCAGUGGUGGGGGAAAAAACCCUGCUGAGUAACUGAGGGUCGCUGCAUGGUCAUGUGGUAGCAACUUGUUUUAUCUCCUUAAACAGAUCCAUAAAAUCAUCAAGUUUUUUUUUUUUUUACUGAGUUCUUAAAUCAAGAAAGUUUCUUUUCCGAUGUUUUUACACCUGUGCAGGUGUCCUCUGCCGGCUUUUGGAAAGAAUGUAGGUCUCACUUCCUCACUGACUUCAUUUUUUCAAACCCUGAGGCUACAGCCAUCUUUUAUAUACAGUCUGUGGUUUUAGGUUGUAAACCCAGGCCAUAUUCAGUGUUAAGCAAAAUUAUAUGAAGCAGUAAGUUGAAUUGAGAAUUAACUUUACAAUGCAUCACUGUUUGCUUUGCUUUCCUGGAAAAUUGGCAGCUCAGUCUCUAGCUACAACAUUUAUUACUGGAUGGAUGCUAGAAAUACUCAGCCAGGUCACAGGAAACUUACAAGGUGGUGAGAGAUGAUUUUUGGUGGAUGCACAAUAACCAGAUUUAGCCUGAAAAAGAUUUGUGCUGAAGUCUGAGCAAAUGGUGACUGACAGAUCAACGUUUCAGAUGUGAAACAAAGGUAAUCUGAGACCUGUAUUAGGGUUACAGGAAGCUUCACUAAACCAAAACUUUAGGAACAUGGUGAGAAACUGCGUUUUUAGUGAGAAGCUGUAACAGCAGGUGUGUAACUCCACCAAGAAAAGCUGCAGUCUUCAUUCUCCAGCAGUUAAUCGUACAAAGAGAGAAAAUAGGCACUUUGCGACAGUCUCUCCUCAGAGGUAGUCAUGCUGUUUAACUUGGUUUAUAGUUAUGUGAAUAAUGUUAAAGUGUAGUUUGAGAAGAAGACCCCUUUCACAUCUCCCCUCAAACUCUGUUCCCUAAGUGGGUGUGAUCAGUGGCUUUCCUGUUUCAGAAAGCUGCAUAAAAUUGGAGCUCCCUGACUUCAGUAUCACAGUGGUUCAAGAAGAACUGACCUUGUUUGAAGUACACUAGACCAUUUAUGGCUGACGUCCCGCUGACAGCCAUGCUUUGAAAACAAUAAAACAUUAAUUGUGCUUUCAGAGGGUUAGUCUUUUCCACGAAUGAAUCAGGCGUCACAAUCUGUGGAAAGACCUUUAUGAAGGAUUAAAUUAUAAUGAAAUGAUAGAUGCUCUAGCAAAGCUGCAAAUAAGAUUAAAAUCUCACUGACGUUUUACUGAUGAUCGCCCUGAAGCCCUGACACAGGGUCACGUAUAAUGAAACAACAUCCAAACUGUAGUUUUGAUCAGCUUUGUGUUUAAUAGUUUCUGCAACAAGAAGUCUGAGGAAUAGCUAGAGAGAUGAUUAUCACUGUACUGUAAUUAGCAUUGGGAGAUUAUCUACAUGAUUGACUGAUACUCAUUUCUGUAUGGUGAUGUGUAAAACCACUGCCUGAUGUGUUUAUAACUUUAUUACAUUACAAAUAAAUCAACUAUUUUGA